AUGCACAAACUGCACACCAAAAGGCUAAAAGCAGCUGCAGGGCAGAUGUGGACUUUAAAUCUUUCCAAGAUCAGACAAUCUCUUAAAGAUGUUUACCACAAAUGUAAGAUUCAGCACCCAAAUUCAACUAGAUAUCCAACUAUGACAUCCGAUGAUUGUGAUCAAGAUGGCAUUAGUUCUGAUAAAGAAAUGAAUCUUACAGUAAUGCUCCAAGAUAUUAAAACUGCCCAAGUUGAACUUGUCAGCCAAAUGACUGGCAUUGUCAGUGCAAUAUCAAAAAUCCAGGAAAAGAUUGACCUUUAUCAGAAGCAGAUAGAGAUCCUAGAAACCAGAAUGAAUGCUAAUGAAAAUAAACUAUGCACAACAAGUAAAGAUAACCUCUCUAUGAAAGAAUAUAUUGAGGUUUUAAAGAAGAAGGUGACAGAGCUGGAAAACCAGAAUUCUUGCUCCAGUAUACGUUGCUUAGAGGUUCUGGAGGGAGACAAAUGUAAAGAAAUCAAAGAACAGAUUCAUAAACUCAUACAACAAGGAACUCCAAAGAAUACAUUGGCUUCUAGAGAUUCUGAAAUAUCUUCAACAGAGCCAGAGAAAGUGCCCAGUUAUCCAAAGUCCAUUGAUCAUCUUGAGGGAAAAGCAAUUUCUUCCAAAAUUAAAACUUUGAAGAAAGGUAACCAUCAAAAUGCAUCAAAAAGCUUUAAAAAAACUAAGUCAAAUAUUUACAUUUAUCCAGACUUCAGUACAUGGAUCAAGUUAACUUUUGUUCAUGGAGGAAGAUGGACAUUUUUCCUUAGUGCUACCAAGUUAGAAGAUUUCAUGCAGUGGCUUCUUUCUAGGCCACCCAUUCUUCCUGAGGAACCACCACUCAAAACCCAGAGAUAUUCUCCUUUCACUGGGCCUAUUGUAAGUUUGACCACAAUCUGUCUGUCUGUUUUCAACUAUAUUUACUGCCUUUUUGGUUCCUCAAAAGAAGAAGUAACUCGACUGUAGAGUUAUUUUCUGAUUUUCUUGGUACAAAAUAAAUGUCAACUGAUUGCUCCAAGAAUUCCCA